GGACGGAAGCCGGGAGGGCCCGCGGUCGCGCCGCCUCAACUCAGCGCCUGCUCGGAGCGCCGGCCCGAUGGCGGCGGCGAUGCCCGAGCAGGAGGGCGCCCGCAACGGCGCCCGCAAUCGUGGUGGCGUCCAACGCGUGGAGGGCAAACUACGCGCCAGCGUGGAGAAGGGCGACUACUACGAGGCCCACCAGAUGUACCGGACCCUCUUUUUCAGGUACAUGUCACAGGGCAAGCACACGGAAGCCCGCGAGCUGAUGUAUUCAGGGGCGCUGCUCUUCUUCAGCCAUGGACAGCAGAACAGCGCUGCAGACCUGUCCAUGCUGGUCCUGGAGUCGCUGGAGAAGGCCGAGGUGGAUGUAACCGACGACCUGCUAGGAAACCUGGCCAAGCUGUUUAGUUUGAUGGACCCCAACUCCCCAGAGCGAGUGGCCUUUGUAUCCCGAGCCCUGAAGUGGUCAGGGGGUGGAUCCGGGAAGCUGGGCCACCCCAGGCUGCACCAGCUGCUGGCCCUCACCCUGUGGAAAGAGCAGAACUAUUGUGAGUCCCGGUACCACUUCCUUCACUCUGCCGAUGGAGAGGGCUGUGCCAACAUGCUGGUGGAGUACUCGACGACCCGCGGUUUCCGCAGCGAAGUGGACAUGUUUGUGGCUCAGGCUGUGCUCCAGUUCCUCUGUUUGAAAAACAAAAGCAGUGCAUCGGUGGUAUUCACCACAUAUACACAGAAGCAUCCGUCCAUUGAGGGUGGGCCUCCGUUUGGACAGCCCCUGCUGAACUUCAUCUGGUUCCUGCUGCUGGCUGUGGACGGAGGCAAACUGACUGUAUUUACAGUGUUGUGUGAGCAGUAUCAGCCGUCUCUCAGGAGGGAUCCAAUGUACAAUGAGUACCUCGACAGGAUAGGACAGCUCUUCUUCGGCGUGCCGCCCAAGCAGACGUCUUCCUAUGGAGGUUUGCUAGGGAACCUUCUGAGCAGUCUCAUGGGCUCCUCAGAGCAGGAGGAGGGUGAGGAGAGCCAAGAAGACAGCAGCCCCAUUGAACUCGACUGA